UCCUUUCGAGAAGUUGCAUGAACGCGGUUUCGUACACCAUUUUCUAUGCUUAUCCCAACCCUCCUCACGUCAAACCUCCUCUCUUUCCUCCAUCCCUAUUUUUCUUUACUCCCAUUGACCCGGUUUUAUUAUUCCUCUUUGCCUUGGAAACCUUCGUUGCCCGAAAACAAAACGACCAUCGAUUUUUCUUCUGUGUCCAGUUCAAUUUAAUUCUUCUGAAAUGGCUUCCACUUUUUCAGCUAGCCAUAAUCAGAUUGAACUAGAGACAGAAUUUGAGCAGCGUGCACCAUAUUCUAUCUCUACAUCUGCAGAGCCCACAAAAAAUCUAAAUUGUCUAGAAGAGAUUAUAAAAUUGUUGCGAGAAUGGUGUCGGUCCAUUCAAAACGACACGGAACGAAUCUGCGCCGUUCCAAUCCUCAGGUUUUUAUGGGCCUCCAGAGAUAGCCGGCAAACUCAUCUUGAUCGCCAAAACGCUUUUGAUCAGCUUGCAGCAUCCUCAGCCUCUACAUGUACGAGGCCAUGCCAGAUAUUUAUUAACCAUCGCGGAAGUGAUGUGAAACACACACUUGCCAGCAAAAUUUACCACACACUUGAUGUCAUGGGAUUCCAAGCUUUCCUCGAUGUAGAGGAACUUGAGCCUGGUCAUGUGAUGCCGGCAGAAAUACAAGCAGCAAUGACUAGUGCCUCCCUUCACAUUGCCAUUUUUUCUCAAAACUAUGCCCAAUCCCCAUGGUGUUUGGCUGAACUAUCUUUCAUGCUCAAAACUGGUGCAAAAAUCAUUCCUAUAUUCUAUCAUGUUGAGCCCUCAGAAAUCAGAUUGAUUGAUCAAGGAAGAGGAAUAUAUGCUCAAUCAUUUUUAAAGCGUGGAAAGGAAGGCAGAUACACCCAGGAGAAGCUUGAUGAGUGGAAAAGGGCGCUUUACAACAUUUCAUUCCAUUCCGGGUACCAGGUUAACAAUAAUGAGGAUGAGGCCAGAGUUUUGAAGAAUAUCGUGAAUUGUGCAUUGAAAGUCAUGAAAAAUGUUCCUAUAUGGGUUGCCGAACAUCCACUUGGAUUGGAUGAGCUGAUACAAGACUUCGAAUCAGUUGCAAGUGUAGAGAAAGUAAAGAUCACGGGGAUCGUGGGCAUGGGAGGUAGUGGUAAAACAACUCUAGCCAAAGAGCUAUUCAACCGGAACUUUUCCUCGUUUGAGAGAUGCAGUUUUGUUUCUGACGUUCGAGAUGCGGCAUCCAGAAAUGCGCUGCCUGACAAGCAGAAAAGGCUUCUGGCCGACCUUGGUGUGCAUCAUUUAGCAUUCGACAAUCUAGAUGAAGGCAAAGCCAUUCUUGCAAACCGUUUGACCUCACUUCGGGUGCUCAUCGUUUUGGAUGACGUGGAUCACAUCGACCACCUGAAUGCUCUGUUGCCAAAAAAGGACAAUCUUGGAUCCCAAAGUAUGGUUAUUGUAACGACCCGCGAUUGGGGUCUCCUUAAAUCAUGGGGUCUGUCCUGCAUUUAUAAAAUGCCAGGACUUAACAGGUCACAUGCCGAGCAGCUAUUCUGCUUGCAUGCUUUCUUGCAACCAUCUCCACCGGCUGAAUUUGAAAUUCUGGUUGAGAAGUUCAUCCAAGCUUGCGGUGGUUUGCCUCUGUCACUGAAGGUAUUAGGGGGACAAUUAUAUGGCAGAAAUUCCAGAGAUUACUGGAAAUCCCAGUUAAAUAAAGUCUCAAGAAUAUUGCCUGGCGACAUCAAACAAAAGCUACAAGUUAGCUACGAUGCGUUGGACGAUGAAGAAAAAGAGAUGUUCCUGGAUGUAGCUUGUUUUCUGAUUGGAGAAGAUAAAAGCACGGCUAUAGCAGUGUGGGAUGGGAUGCAUUGGAGUGGUCUGCAUGGUUUAGAAACACUUGUGAAUAAGUGCCUUGUAGAGCUGGUUUGUGAGUCAGAUUAUAGGUACUGCAGGCAUUAUCUUGCUCCAGUGAGGUCUGCCAAGAUAAAAAUGCAUGAUCAUCUUAGGGAUAUGGGAAGAGAGAUUGCAAGUAGACACUCACCAUGUCGUGUCUGGUUUCCAUUACAGAUUGCUAACAUAAAGAAACAUCCCAAGAAAAGAAUGCUGAUUCGAGGGAUACGACCAGCAAAUGCUUUUGUGGCCUUCAAAGAGUACACAUAUCAGUUAAUACAAAACUCAAGCAGACUGUCCGAACGCCUUAGAUUCUCAAAUGGACUACAAAUCCUUUCCGUGAAAGGAAAUGAGUUUACUGAAGAAUUUGCAUCAUUAUCAGAAGACCUGGUGUGGCUUCGGUGGGAAGAUUUUCCAUUAAGAAAUCUUCCAACAUGGCUUACACUAAGAUGUUUAAGUGUUUUAGAGCUUCAUGGUGCUAAUGAGUUGGAAGAAUUGUGGGAGGAGAGUGCGGAUCCUCCUUUGCAAUUGAUACAGCUUAUUAUAUGGGGUAACCAAAAGUUGCAAAGGCUUCCAAGGUCAAUAGGCCGUCUUCAGUAUCUAAAGAAGCUUUUUUUCUAUUUUCAUGGUAACAGUUUGCCAGAAGAGUUCUGCUGCCUCAAAUCCCUGGAGUAUUUGAAAUUAUACUCCCCAAGGCUAUCUUCACUGUCUUCUCGUUUUGGCAAUUUAAGAAGUUUGCGGAAAUUAAUUCUGGCAUAUUGCAAGCAGUUGAGCAGUUUGCCUGAUUCUUUCAAUCAGCUGAUCUACCUGGAAGAUCUGAAUCUAUCACACUGUGAAAUGCUAUCCUCACUACCUACUGGUUUUGGCAAUUUAAAAUGCUUGAAGUAUUUAAGUCUAGAGCAUUGCAAACAGUUAAGCACGUUGCCAUGCUCUUUCAAGGAACUGAUCCACCUGCAAGAUUUAAAGUUAUCAUACUGUGCCAAGAUUAAAUUGAAGAUAGAUAUGCUGGAAAAUAUCAGGAAGCUGAAAGUUUUUGAACUCAGUUAUUGCGAGGAAUUGGAAGAUUUGCCUCAUCAUAUAAUGAAUCGGGCAUCCCUGACAAAGUUAGAUCUACAAGGUUGUACCAUGUUAACAGGUUCACCAAAUAACAUUGGUGAACUGAUCAAAUUACAGUCUGUCAUAAUUGAGAGUCUGAUGUUAAAAGGUUUGCAAACUUCUUCUGUAAGGUUAUCCUCAUUGAAGAGUAUUGUAAUUGUAAGUCCUAUUAGUGAAAUCGACUCUGAUGCCGGUGCGGAAGACUUGAAGCAAGUCUCCAGGAUAUCAAUUUCCAAUGAUUCUUGUCCCAACCUUGAAAGUUUUAAGCUUAGGUGGAAUCGUCAUUCAGUGGAAAUCGAGAGACUGCCAAUGUCGCUCAAAUUGCUAUCAAUAUACGAUUGCAAAGUACUGAAGAACAUCAGGUGUGUUAGUGCUCUCGUAAGCCUUGAGAAUCUGAUAAUAUUUAAUUGUCCCCAGAUAGAAGAACUGCCAAACUUUGCUGAUUUCACUUCGCUGAAAGAAUUUAUAUUGACGAAUUGCCCCAAAGUUGAGAAAAUAGAAGGUUUGCAAUACUCCCAGUCAUUGAAGCAUCUGUGUCUUGUAAAGACCUGCUGGAAGGUACCAGGUCUACAAAGUUUGGAGAAAGUGGAAUUAUUGGAAACCCUAGUCCUUGAAUGCGAGACUAUAUCAGCCCUGAAACCUUGCAUUCAGUCUUUGAAGGUAAAGGAAUGUCCAAGGCGUUUGUGGAUACAAGGUAGCGUGACCAAUUUUGUCAGACCAAUUGUAAACUCUCUAGACUUUUCUGAUCUUGCGAUUAGGGAGGUAGAGGAGCCAUCAGAUGUAUCGAAGACUCUAGAUUUGUUUGACACCCCUUCUUUUUACUGUUAUGUGGAGGGAAAAGAGGAGAAUGAGGAGGAGAGGAAAGUUGUACGCAUUUGUGCGUCCCUCGGAAAAUAUGAUGCGAGCAUGGAAGUCUUUCUUUUCUUCCAUGCAAUCUCUGGAGUCAAGAAAACAAAAGCUAUAGUAGUGAUGGGCGAAGAAGGAAGAAUUGUGGAGGCAUUUCACCAAUUGUUACCACUCCUGGAAUAGUUGCCAUUUGGCACGCAGCUUGUAGAUAAGAAGCAUUGGGAAACAGCUGUUCUAAACCAAUGUAAAGUUAUUGUGUAAAGAAUAGUUAAUCAAUUGGCGUAUGAAGUUCAGUGUUAAUAAUUAGAAAAAUAAGGAUAGGAUGGUGGUGAAGAUUGAAUUUCCAUUUCGUACAAGUAGCGCAAUUUCUUCAAAGACUACUUAAAUUAUUAGCAAAAGAUUAAAGAGUUACAUUGGACUGUAAUAAUUUCACAAAUAAACUAAA